UGAUCCGUACAUUUUGCUCCCAUCCAUGCAUGUAAUACACGUCUAGUUUUUCGCUCACUCUUCCAAUCGAAACAUCCAUUCGUGUCCCCAGCUCGCGUUGAGGAUGCACAAUGGCAUACCAAAGCAUUCGCCAAGAAUAUCUCCAGAUACCGAUAGUAACACGCGUCUACUCGACGGCAUGCAUCAUCACAACACUAUCCGUGCACCUCGACAUCGUCACCCCCUUUCAACUAUACUUUAAUCCAAAGCUCAUCUUCGAACACUACCAGCUAUGGCGCAUCUGCACAACGUUUCUGUUCUUCGGUACCUUUGGGUUUAACUUCCUAUUUAAUAUGAUAUUCACAUUUCGCUAUUGCCGGAUGCUAGAGGAAAAUUCGUUUCGCGGGCGAAGCUCAGAUUUUGUUACAAUGUUUUUAUUCGGUGGAACGGUGUUGGUGAUUUGUGCGUUGUUUGUUAACUUACUUUUCUUAGGUCAAGCUUUUACCAUUAUGCUGGUGUACGUCUGGUCCCGAAGGAAUCCAUUCGUUAGGAUGAACUUUUUUGGUGUUUUGAAUUUCCAGGCACCGUACCUACCAUGGGUUUUGCUCGGAUUUUCCGUGCUAAUUGGUAAUACCAUUUGGGUGGAUCUGAUUGGUAUCGUGGUGGGCCACACGUACUACUUCCUCGAGGAUGUACUACCAAAUCAGCCCGGUGGCAUGAAGAUUCUUAAAACGCCUCGAAUUCUAAAACUGUUAUUCGACGAAGCGACAGAGGAUCCAAACUACGUAGCGCUACCAGAAGAUCAGCCGGGUGGAUUUAACUGGAGGAGAAACAACUAA